UUGAUGACGAAGGCACCUCCAGUCGGCAGAAUUUAGGUUGUGCCCACUAAAUGGGCUUAGCGUGGCUUUGUGCAUGUACCUGUACAAGACAGCUCCAACCUCCCCUUGCCGAGACGAGAGACUGUCCGUCAUUCAUCGCCAACCUUCUUUCUUUCUACCUACAACAAAAGUUCGACAUGCGACACUCAUAAAUAACCCUCAACAGCCUACCGCCACCUUCAUAGGAGAUGCCUCGUCGCCGUCGUCCUCCGCGGGCGGGCGCCCUCUCCGACCUCCAACCGCUCAAGAUCGCCGCGCAAAUCGCCGCCUUGCAGGUGCUCUUCUAUCUCACCGCGCUCAUCCUUUUCUUGUUCACCGCGCUCGUGGCCGGCGUGCCAUUCGGUCUCGACCUCAUUUUAGGGUGGCAGCGCGUUCGAGGCGACACAACGCAGGGAUGGGUCAUGGGUUUCGUCUGGCUGCUUGACGGUGGACUCUGCAUGGCCCUAGCCAUCGUCGCCCUCAUCGGGCGCUCCAAGCUCGUCCCGGACUUUGCCAUCACCAUUCAGGCCCUCCACCUGCUCUUCACGACACUCUACUCGCGCGGCCUCCCCCAGUCGUCCAUGUGGUACGCCUCCCUCGUGGGCAGCGCCGCGCUAUGUGCGAGUCUCGGCAUAUGGGGCUGUCAGUACCGCGAGUUGCAGCCCGUCUUCUUCGGCGGUGGCCGUAUCUUGGGGAACAACCCCCCGCCCAGGGGCACGAUCUCGAGCGACGGCGGUGAUGACGAGGAGAUGCGCCUCGUCGGCAAACAGAGUGGCGAACACGGCGGGACAGAAGAAUACGAGAUGGGCAAGGUUGGACGGUGAAGCCUUGUCCCUACCAGCCUGCCUGUAUGAUGAAGCGUGCAUUGCUCGGCGUUUUGGGGGGAAUUUGCUUUGUUUGGGAACCAAGUGUACUAUUACCAGGUAUCAUACGCAGGUGGGGAGGGAGGUAUUAGACAUGAGAUAGCAUACCGUUGUAUCCUAGCACGGUUCAGAGAACAAUCUUGAGUAAAAGAUGGCCAUAUAU